AUGAAGGUACUCCUGCUCUGGGCUCCUGCCCUCCUCCUCCAUUUCGUCUCUGCUGCAGAAAGAGACGAUGGCUAUUUUGGGUACCGCCUCGAACAGCGCGGUGACCCAGAAUCCGCCGUCUACGAGACCAGCUCGACAGACCCUGGCCUCGUCCUCCCCGAGGAACCGGACGUCUACCUCAACGCGUCUGUCAGCGUGGGCCACAUCGGCGUUGAGGUGGACAACAUCACCGCCAAGAUCAACCUCGACGCUCAAGUGCUCAAGCUGCUGAAGUUCAACGCCGGCGUGGACGCCAGCAUCGACCGCGUGAAACUGACCAUCGAAAACGUCAGCGCCAAGGUCGAGCUGGAAGCCCGGCUCGGAAACGUCGUGGCCAUGGUUGACGACGUGCUCAGCAGCAUUGACCUGAACCCCAUCAUCGCAACGUUGGGCCAGGAAGUGACCCAAAUCGUCAACGACACUCUCGGUGGUGGAGGCGGCGGCGGAGGGGGAUUAUCCUCAUCAUCGUCUUCCUCCUCUUCCUUCCCAACUGCAACAUCCAGCCCAACCUCCAAAACCAAACGCUCCCACACAGCCAACUCACACACCGACUCGUACACCCUCGACCACAACAUCCUCUACAGCGUCAACGACUACGCGGGCCAAACCCACACCAACCGCGUGCUGGCCCAGACCGGCGACAUCUACGACGAGUAUCUCGACAACGACGGCGCCGAGGUGGGCAAGCGGCGCGUGGUCGGGUACUACGCGCGAGAUAUGGUGUUCACCGGGCAUAACCGAACCGUUUAUUUUGAGGAAGAUGCUGAGGCGGGGCAACCGAAGCGGGUUAAGGAGUUUGAGCUGCAGUAUCUGUAUGCGCCGUUCCCAGGGCUGGAGGUGACGAGCUGGGUGUAUGUUGAUGCCACGGGGGAGGUGCUCCGGACCAGGGUGAUUGCGGAAGCGAGUGGCGGGGGGACGAGUACCGUUAGCAAGGAUGAGGAUGAGUGA